AUGGGAAAACCACCUACUCCUGUCUACAAACCUCCGGAGGUGAAGCCACCACCAAUUUACGAACCUCCAAAGAAACCAGAACCUAAGCCACCCAAGCCCCCUGUCUAUGAACCUCCAAAGAAAGAGAAGCCAGAGCCUAAACCACCUAAGCCACCAGUCUAUGAGCCUCCUAAGAAGAAGAAACCAGAACCAAAGCCACCUAAGCCCCCAGUUUAUUCACCUCCAAAGAAAGAGAAGCCAGAACUCAAGCCACCAGUCUAUGAACCUCCAAAGAAGCCACCAGUCUAUGAACCUAAGCCACCAAAGCCACCAGUUUAUGCACCACCAAAGAAAGAGAAGCCAGAACCCAAACCACCGGUGUAUGAACCUCCAAAGAAGCCUCCAGUGUUUGAACCUAAGCCACAGAAGCCACCAGUUUAUGCACCUCCAAAGAAAGAGAAGCCAGAACACAAACCACCGGUGUAUGAACCUCCAAAGAAGCCUCCAGCGUUUGAACCUAAACCACCAAAGCCACCAGUUUAUGCACCACCAAAGAAAGAGAAACCAGAACCCAAACCACCAGUAUAUGAACCUCCAAAGAAGCCACCAAUAUAUGAACCUAAGCCACCAAAGCCGCCGGUUUAUGCACCUCCAAAGAAAGAAAAGCCAGAACCCAAGCCCCCAGUCUAUGAACCUCCAAAGAAGACGUCGGUGUAUGAACCUCCCAAGAAACCACCAGUAUAUGAACCUCCAAAGAAACCACCAGUAUAUGAGUCACCUUAUGGUCACUACCCAGGACACCCUCCAUUGGAGAAGCCUCCGUCACCUAGUCAUCCGAACAACUAA